CCUAGAUGCUGACUGAAGAGACUUCAGACAUGCAGUUUUGACUUUCCAUCAGAAAAAAUGUUCCGCUGGGACAAAGAGUGGAACAUGUCUUUCGCAGGCUGUGGCUUCAGGAGUAUUUACUACCUGGGAGCUUUGAGCUGUAUCCUGGAGCGGGUGCCGCAGCUGGUUCGAGGAGCUUCUAAAAUCGGUGGAGCUUCAUCUGGUUGUCUUGUUGCUGCAGCUGUGACUGUCGGCUUUCCCAUUGAGCAGUUCUGUAAUGAAGUGUUGAAAAUGGCGAGAGAGGCCAGAAAGCACACCCUGGGAGUUUUCCACCCAGGCUUCAAUAUGCUGCAGAUGAUAUGGGUGGGCCUGGUGGAGAAGCUUCCAGAAGACGCCCACCUUCGGGCAUCCGGAAAGCUCUGCGUGUCCCUCACCAGAAUGGCUGAUGGGAAGAACGUUUUGGUGUCAGAGUUUAACAGCAGAGAAGAGCUGAUUCAGGUUCUGAUGUGCAGCUGCUUUUUCCCUGUUUACUGUGGUUUCACCCCACCUUCAUACCGUGGAGUGCACUACAUGGAUGGAGCCCUGAGCAACAACAUGCCGUUGUUCGAGCAGAGAAACACCAUCACUAUGGCUGCGUUUUCAGGCAAGAGCGACAUCUGCCCCAAGGAGGAUACCUUCAGCUUCUUUGAGGUGCAGUGCUGCAACCUGAGUUUUCAGUUCAACACCCGCAAUGUGCACCGCGUCUGUACGGCCUUCCUGCCUCCCAGACCUGAGAAGUUGGCUGAGAUCUGCCACAAUGGCUACAUGGACGCACUUCGUUUCCUGAGAGAAAGAGAUCUGCUCGGGACACAGUGUCUUCCCCCCAGUGUGAUGGUGGGGAUGAAUACAGCCAAACCUCCUUGUUGUGAGCUGGUGAAGGAGUCCAAGAAGAUUCUGCUGAAAGGACUAAACCCUCUGCAGGAAGAUCAUUGUUGGCUGGACCAGAAAGUCAUAGAGAACCUUCCAGCUGGCUUAAAGAAAGUCCUGUGUGAGGCAUGCAGGGACAGUCACGGUGGUGCUGGUCGGUGGUCUCAGCUCUCUGAGUUUGGUCCAGUCAGAGUGGUUUUCUAUGUGCUGAGCACCGUCUUGGUGUCCAUUGCGCGGAUCUUCUUAAUCACCAAAAGUGUGAUGCAGUUGGGCUGUGCAGUCACUUGGAGGCUGUUGAUGUACAGCACAGAGUUCUGGAGACAGCCGAGGAGCAGUGGAAGCAGGGAUCCCAACAGGUAGGGUGUCUCCAGAGCAGCGCUGCAGCAGCAGGUGCUCUGGCUCAGACCUCAGUGACCAGACAAGGGGAGAUGAACACAUUCAAACUU